CAAGAACAGCUCCUCUGAGGGAGCAUGCUGUUGGCAGCCAAGAAGGCAAUCUACCAAGGAGGAGUUGAAACUGAGCCUUUUUUUUUUUUACUCUUUGGAAAAUAUUCCGUGUGAUGCUGCAGCCGCUUCUGAUCUGGGGAAGGAGCUCUGCUGACUCUCCCCACUGAUCUCCAGUCAGUGAAACUUGACUCUUGAGGAAACCACUUAGCAAAACUCUCCAAAGCAACCCAAGAAAGAGAUUUCUCUCUUGGAAUAACAGGAGCAUGAUUUCUGCACUUCAAUGCAGUCUCUUUCUUCUUUUGUGCCUCAUGGCAUGCCAGGAAUCUCACGCCUCUCAGAACUGCAUGAGCAAACAGCAGCUGCUGGCUGCCAUCCGCCAAAUGCAGCAAUUCUUAAAGGGGCAGGAGACACGAUUUGCAGAAGGAAUCCGCAUCAUGAAGCACCGGCUGACGGCUCUGCAAAACACUGUGACUAAAGCCAUUCCAGAUUUACAAACUGUCUCCUGUCCUGUACUGGAAGCCCCUCCUAAUGGCAAAAGAUUUGGCACCAAAAACAUGGUGGACCAUGAAGUCCAUUUCACCUGCAAUCCUGGAUUUCAGCUCCUCGGUUCCAGCUCUCGAGUGUGUCAGUUGAAUGGCAGCUGGACUGGAGAACUUCCUCGGUGCAAAGAUGUCCGUGAAUGCCCAAGUCAUCUGUGCCAGAAUGGUGGAACAUGUGAAAAUGGAGUUGAGCAAUACCGAUGCAUUUGUCCACAGGAAUGGACUGGUCCCAACUGCCAGUAUCGGACACAAACAGUGCCACCAGCAUGGAGUGUAACCAAUGACCCAGCUUUCAGCCGCAAGCCACGUUGUGCCAAAUUUGACCGAAUGCAGCAGUGCAGCUGUGAGGCGGGCUUCCAUAUGAGUGGGACAACAGAAAACAGCAUCUGUCAGGAUGUGAAUGAAUGUGAAGUUUAUAAGCAGGAGGGAGCCCCUCGUCUCUGUAUGCACACCUGCAUCAACAUUCCUGGCUCAUAUCGUUGCUCCUGCCCAAGCGGAUACAGGAUCUUCAGUGAUGGGAAAAGCUGUGAAGAUAUCGAUGAAUGUGGUCUCGCUCUGCAUAACUGCACUAGGAGAAUGAUGUGCAUUAACACAGGAGGAGGUUUUCAGUGUGUCAACCCAGAGUGUCCCAAACCUUUUGGAAAUGUCAGCUAUGUGAAAACAUCACCAUACCAAUGUGAGCGGAACCCGUGUCCAAUGGACAGCAGAUCGUGCCAUCUUGCCCCAAAGACCAUCUCCUUUCAUUACCUCCCUCUGCCCUCUAACCUUGCGACUCCCACCGCUCUCUUCCGCAUGGCAACCGCUUCGGCUCCUGGACGGCCCGGACCUGACAGCUUGCGGUUUGGGAUUGUGGGAGGAAACAGCCGAGGGCAUUUUGUGAUGCAGCGUUCAGACAGGCAGACGGGAGAGCUCCUUCUGGUGCAGAGCCUGCAAGGGCCUCAGACGACAGAAGUGGAGGUGGACAUGUCCGAGUACCUGGACCGCAGCUUCCAAGCUAAGCACGUUUCAAAGAUUACUGUCUUUGUGUCACCUUACGAGUUUUAGAGAAAGCAGUUUAUACAAGGGAAGAAAUAGGUAGCUCAGAGGCUGUUCUUGUCCAUCAGGAAUGUGGGUUCAUUUCUUAAAACAAGGGUUUUAAAACCUUGGGUCCCAAUACGUUGUUGGACUACAAUUCCCACCACCCCCUGCCACAUCGGCCUUUGUGGCUGGGGAUGAUGGGAGUUAUAGUUCCACAACACCUUGCCUCCAGUAAACUGCACUAUUAUAUCCAGGACUAACAUGAGAGUAGCCAUCUGGGCACAUGCUUAGGUUACUAGGCACUUCUUCCCAACACGGCAGUAAUGAUUCACAUCCUUCUAUUUCUGCUCAGAAACAUCUUUUCUGCUUAUUGUAGCCUUGCUGCAAUAACCCCCCUUCCUGCUUAUUGUGGCCUUGUUAAGUUCUGUGUCAAGGCUACCCCGAUACACCAGCCCUGUGGUAGGCAGUUGGUAAUUCAGAUCCAGCUCAUACACCACUCUAUGGGCAGGUUCACACAUAUCAUACAACAGCACUCGAGGUUCAGGUAUGCUCCCCCCCUCUUUGCCACGGGAGCCUCUAAUUCCUGCCCAGGUUCUGAGAUGCUCCGAUUGGUUAUGACAUAUGAACCCACCAUAGUAGGACAGGUUCAUGUGUGGAUUGCUAACUAGUUGAAAGACAGGAAACAGAGGGUAGGCAUAAAUGGAGAGUAUUCACAAUGGAGGGAAGUAAGAAGUGGGGUCCCCCAGGGAUCUCUACUGGGACCAGGGCUCUUUAACUUGUUCAUAAAUGAUCUCGAAGUUGGGGUAAGCAGCAAAGUGGCCAAAUUAGCAAAUGAACUAUGAACUAUUUAGGGGAGUGAAAUCCAAAAUAGUUUGUGAGGCGCUCCAAAAGGAUCUCUCCAAACUGGGGGAGUGGGUGACAAAAUGGCAAAUGCAGUUCAAUGUAAGCAAGUGUAAAGUGAUGCACAUUGGGACAAAAAAACCCAACUUCAAGUAUAUGCUGAUAGGAUCUGAGCUGUUGGUGACUGACCAGGAGAGAGAUCUUGGGGUCAGGGUGGACAGCUCAUUGAAAGUGUCAUCUCAGUGUACAGCCACUGUGAAAAAGGCAAAUUCCAUGCUAGGGAUCAUUAGGAAGCGGACUUAAAAUAAAAAUGCUAAUAUUAUAAUGCUCUUAUACAAAUCUAUGGUGCAGCUACAUUUGGAGUAACGCAUGCAGUUUUGGUCACUGUAUCUUAAGAAGGACAUUGUAGAACUGGGAAAGGUGCAGAAGAGGGCAAGCAAGAUGAUUAGGGGCCUGGAGCACCUUCCUUAUGAGGUGAGGCUAUACAGCAUCUGGGGCUUUUUCAUUUAGAAAAAGAGAUGACUGUGGUGAGACAUGAUAGAGGUCUAUAAAAUCAUGCAUGGUGUGGAGAAAGUGGAUAGAGAGAAAUUUUUGUUCCUCUCACAUAACACUAGAACCAGGGGUCAUCCCAUGAAAUUGAUUGCCAGGAAAUUUAGGACCAGCAAAAGGAAGUACUUUCCCAUAUAACAUGUAAUUAAUCCAUGAAAUUCUCUGCCACGGGAUGUGGUAAUGACCACUAGCUUGGAUGGCUUUAAAAGGGGCUUGGACAAAUUCAUGGAGGACAGGUCUAUCAAUGUCUACUGGUCUGGUGGCUAUAGGGUCAGGGUUAGGAUUAACCAGCCGCAAAGAUGCCUCUCAAUACCAGUUGCAGGGGAGCAACAGCAAGAGAGAAGGCAUGCCUUCACCUCUUGCCUGUAGGCUUCUCAGAGGCAGCUGGUGGACCACUGUGUGAAACAGAGUGCUGGACUGUAUGGGCCUUGGGCCUGAUCCAGCAGGGCUGUUCUUGUGUUCUUAUGUUCUCAACCCACCAAUCUCGUCAUAUGAAGUAAGUUAUAGCUGGUGGGUGCCCUGACAGGAUGUGCCAAAUUGGUGGGUUCAAAUGUCACAACCAGUCUUGACAUAUUGGAAUCUGGACAUGAAGUAGAGGCUUGCAUGAGGAUGCAGGGGUAAAGCAGCACUCCCAAGGCUGUGGGUGCUUGCAUGAACCUCAGGUGCCACCAUUAUGUGUGAACCAGCCCUAUUUGUCAGAGGGUCUCUCCGUCAAGGCACAGGAGGGAAGCCAUCCCUUCCCUCUUCUCCCAUGUCUCAAACCAUUUCUGAUUGUCCACCAGGAGCACCCGUAUCUCCAUUUGCUAAAAAGUAACUAUGACAAAUGAAUCAAGGGCUAUGCAGACACCCAUAAACCCACUCUGGAAGUAAAAUCUCCACAUACACAUGGAUCUUCUCCCCAGCAUCAGGCUGAGGGGAAAUCUGUUUGUUUCUGGUUUGUCUCAAAAGUUGGAUUUGCACAGCACCUUAGCCUGCCCUUGUGCCAAUCGUAAAGCCAAACCACCUCCUUCUCAGAGCAGAUUUUUAAGUGUCAAAAACUUGAGAGGGCCAGUCUAAUUUAUUACCGACUACAGUUGCAGACACCUAAUGGCACAGUGGAGAAGCAAUCUGCCUAGAGAGCAGCAGGCUGUUGGUUCUAACCCCCGCUGGUGUGUUUCCCAGAACAUGGGGAACUCCUAUAAAGCAGCGAUAUAGGGAGGUGCUGAAAGGCAUCACCUCAUACUGCGUGGGAGAAGGCAAUGGGAAACCACUCCUGUAGUCUACCAAGAAAACCACAGGGCUCUGUGGGAGCCAGGAGUCCACACCGACUUGAUGGCACAACCAACCAACAGUUGCAGGCCCACUUUGCUCUCGUCCUGCCCUCUGCUGGCCAAACUAUCAUGUUACACAUGCAGACUGCAGGCUCAUUCUCACAACCAUUAUUAGGGUAGUACAAGACUCAUGCAUAGCCCCCUAAUGGUGCAGCGGGGAAAUAACUUGAUUAUCAAGCCAGAGGUCACCUGUUCGAAUCCCCGCUGGUAUGUUUCCCAGACUAUGGGAAACACCUCUGUCGGGCAGCAGCGAUAUGGGAAGAUGCUGAAAGGCAUAAUCUCAUAUUGCAUGGGAGGAGGCAAUGGUAAACCCCUCCUGUAUUCUACCAAAGAAAAACCACAGGGCUCUGUGGGUGCCAGGAGUCUACACCGACUUGACAGCACACGUCACUUUACCUUACCUUUAGAAGACUCCUACCCUAGUUUAGGAGCUGUGCGCACUCCCGUCUUCUGGGUAGUUCGAGUACACCCUGCCCAGAUUCCAUCCCCAGCUUCAGAAUGAGGUAGAAGGAAGAACCGUCCUACCCAGCUGGGGCUUAGCAAACGACCAAGCUCCCUGCCUCCUACCUUCUUUUAAACUCACAGGAAGAAAACAGGAGCAUGUACAGCUCCUGUUUAGGAUGUGUAGGAAACUUCUUCCUACCUUAAUACUCUUAUUUUCCUGAAAUUUUUUGAUAUUAGAAAUCGGGACAUUGUCUUAAAUGCAGACUCCUGUUCCUAUCCUGUAAAUUCAGGUAUAAACAGUAUUUAACCUCUACUUUUAAAGAGGGUUCUUUUAAAUUCAGAGUCGUCUUCUAUUCAGGUAAAUACGGUAAGAUCGUGCAGUCGAGUCGGUGUCAACUCCUGGUGACC